ACUGACAUGCCCACCCCGCAGCUGUCCCCUCCCGCUCACCGCACAUCAGCCAAUCGCAUCUCACAGCUUUUUUCCCGGCUCCUCCCACUCACUCUCACUAUGGCUACAGCUACCGCCCCAUCCCUUUUAGUGCUGUGACUGACGCACCGAGAAGCCAAUCAGGCGGCUGAUAAUACUCCGGACGUCUUGUAGAUAGUGGCAGCUGCAUCACAAAGGUCAUCACUAGAGUAAUCAACUGUAGCUACUAUCAGUGUCCUCAUAUGUGCUGCGGCCAUUUUCCUGUAGUCUCUUAUACGUGAUAGGUUGUCAGAGCCUCAAGGAGUGACGUAGAAGAGGGGGCGGAGUUAGGGAGUCCUCAACCGCCAUUUUGGAGAUCUUCAUUAAAACAGAUAAUUACGUGGUGCGGAUCCAGAGACUUUGAGGAUGGACAUGGACCGGAGUCACACAAAUGAGAGGAUAUUACAUCUCACCCUGGAGAUCGUCCACCUGCUGACUGGGGAGGGUUACACAGUAGUGAAGAAGACAUUCCUUGACCAUCUGACAACCAUUAGCUGUGCCUCCAUCACGGUGCCUCCACCUCAGUCACAGAUACAUGAGAGGGACGAUGACCAGAAGAUCCUGGAACUCACCAACAAGAUCAUUCAGCAGCCAUCUGGAGAGGAGGGGGAGUAUAUAGAGGAACACAGGGGUCUGUACAAGGACGUGAUGAUGGAGAAUCACCGGCCCCUCACAUCACUGGAUGGACCCAGUAACAGAGAUACCCCAGAGAGAUGUCCCCGUCCUCUGUAUUCCCAGGAUUGUACAGAGGAGAAUCACAGGAUCCCACAGAAGGAUCAGAUAGGAUGAAUUUCUGACUGAUAAUAAUGCAGAAUAUAUAGUGGGAGAAGAAGAGACGUAUUUUACUGAUAAUAUGGCAAAACAUACAGAAGAAGAAGAAGAAGAGUCGUAUGUGACUGAUAUGAAAGAAGAAUUUAUAGAGGGAGAAGAAAAGACGUAUUUUACUGAUAACAUGGCAAAACAUACAGAAGAAGAAGGAGAAGAAGAAGAGACGUAUGUGAGGGGGGAUCAGCAGUGUAAGGAGGAGCAAAUACCUACAGCCAUCAGCACAGCAGAUGGACAGAGGGGCAGGAAUACCUCGGAGGGACAUCUAACUUUGUUUCCAGAUUUUAAAUUAGAAGAGAAGAACAUCACACGAGAUUCUGCAGGAGAAAACCUUAUUACCCCAAUUAUACAUCCAGUGCCUCAUAGCGCAGAUAUAUCAUCUGAUCCCUCUAACCAUGAGGAGGGUAACAUUAAUUCAGAUGUUUCUACACAUAGUGCAGCUCCUACAGAUGCUACAGUCAUUCCCUCUUCUGAAUUUGUUAAAUCCUGUAAUAAUCAGUCAGUUUUUGUUAGACAGAAGAAUCACACAAGUAAGAAACAAUUUUCAUGCUCUGAGUGUGGGAAAUGUUUCAAAUAUAGAGCAAAUUUUGUUGAACAUCAGAGAAGUCACGCAAGUGAGAAGCCAUUUCCAUGCUCAGAAUGUGGGAAAUGUUUUACAAAGAAAUCAUCUCUUAUUAUGCAUCACAGACUUCACACAGGUGAGAAGCCAUUUCCAUGCUCUGAGUGUGGGAAAUAUUUCAAAUAUAGAGCAAAUUUUGUUGAACAUCAGAGAAGUCACACAGGUGAGAAGCCAUUUCCAUGCUCAGAAUGUGGGAAAUGUUUUACAAAGAAAUCAUCUCUUAUUAUGCAUCACAGACUUCACACAGGUGAGAAGCCAUUUCUAUGCUCUGAGUGUGGGAAAUGUUUCACACAGAAAUCUGCCCUUGUUGUACAUCAGAAAAGUCACACAGGUGAGAAGCUGUUUCCAUGUUCUGAGUGUGGGAAAUGUCUUGCACAUAAAUCCACUCUUCUUGCACAUCUGAGAAUUCAUACAGGUGAGAAGCCAUUUUCAUGCCCUACAUGCGGGAAAUGUUUUACAAAGAAAUGCAAAAUUGUUGAGCAUCAGAAAUGUCACACAGGUGAGAAGCCAAUUUAAUGCUCUGAGUGUGGGAAAUGUUAUAUGCGAAAAUCCGCUCUUGAUGUACAUCAGAAAAGUCACAGAUGAGAAGCCAUUUUCAUGUUCCAAGUGUGGGAAAUGUUUUACACGUAAGUCAAGUCUUGUUACACAUCUGAAAAAUCACACAGAUAAGAAACCAUUUCCAUGCUCUGAGUGUGGGAAAUGUUAUAUGCGAAAAUCAGCUCUUGUUGUACAUCAGAAAAGUCACACAAGAUGAAAACCAUAUCGGUGAUCUGACUGACAUGAAAGAGUUUUGCAACAUCUACCUAUUGUAAAAGUCAUUGAUAGUAAUAUGUACAGUUCCGUUAAAGAGUGAAUUCUCAAAUGUAUAUUAACAUUACAUAACAGUUUUGGAGGGCAAUUCAAAACUUGAGUCUUUGCCAUCCACAAAGUGGAAUGGUCGUCAUCGACAUAAGACUGGAACACAUCGCACAUGUAUGGAUCUUAUUGCAGUCUCUUAGAUGUUGGUGUCUGCUAUAUAUUUUCACCACAUUUUGGCCAAAGCCAAGGAAUUGAUUUGUGUUAACUGUGAUAUUAUUUCCAUCCAAAAGUUGCGACAGGUAUACAGCCAGCUCCAAUUGAGGAGCCUGUCGUUUUCUCCGGCUGAAUGAUGUGAUAACAAACUCUUUCAUCCCUGUGGGAGGCUGGACACAAUAGGUAUUGUGCGUGGUGUUAGGAGCCUGGACAUUUUAAAACUGAAGCCAACUCAAGCUCCUCCUCAUACACACAACGUUUCCUACCAACAUCAGUUUUUCUUAGUGCUGGUGUUCCAGGAUGCGCUCCAUCUAGUUUUGAGUUUGGCAGAUUUUAUGUUUUUUUGUUUUCUCUUUGGCUGAUAGAGAGGUAGGUGGGGGAGUUCUUUCUCCUUCUCUACUACCUCCAGGGGCAGGGGGCCUUUAUCUUGUCUCAAACAUACCUUUCAUGCCCAGAAAAUAGGAAGAGAGUGUGUUGGAUCUGAUACAACACCACCCCCGUCCAGUGUGCCGUAGUUGAGGCAUGCCAGAUUGGUCGGACAGCCAACCAGGCCCGGAUCAACACACAGACAUUAGGCAUACUGAGAAGAAGGACCAUCAGGAAAAGCCCUUGGUGGAAGCUCAUAGGUUAUGCUUCAGGGUUAAAUGGUUAGAUUUAACUUCAGAUGCUUGGGUAAAAGACCUAUGCAUGGGUUUCUUUUUUUAAAUCUUAUUCUAGAUCUACCAGUGUUUGGCUUUACAAGAGGUUAUACAAAAGUCCCGAUACCUGCCGGCAGAGAGGUGGGAGGUUUUUUUGUCAAACCUUUUCCUCGUGCAGUAGCCAGACGAGUAAUUUUGGUAACUGCACUCGAGAGUCUUUACUAAGGUUUGAGAACAGUAGUUUCUCCAGAGAUUCUGUUAGAUCAUGUCAUAGUAACAGAACAAGAAUUCAUUUCCCAUGGUUGGGUAAUAUAUUGUUUAUAAUCAAAUAUAGUUUUAGCUCAAAAUAAGCUUUUCCUGGGCAGUGUGACUGAUACCAGAUUCAGGAGGGGUUUUCUUUCUGGGAAACAAGAUUCCAUUCUUACAAAAAUGGCUCUUGAAAAAGAAGGCAUUAAAGCAUUGUGCGAAAUUGUCUCCAUCUAUGAGGCAAAUCCGUUCACCCAAUUUCACUCUUAGAAGUUCCAGAUAAAGAUUUUAUGGAAAUGCUACAGAUCCCUAUCCUCAUCUGUAAUCUCAUCUCACCAUUGAGUUCACUGUUGUAGACAGGUUAUUCUUUUAUGAUGUCAGAACAAUAGACCUUAAUCUAUGAAGUUGAGGGACAGCACAGGUUUCAGGGCAAGUGGACGCUGGAGGAGCCUUCAUUCCACAUCAGUGUUCUGAAACUUUGAGCUGCCUUCAGUGCCCAAAGAUCUCUUUACAUAGACCUUUUCUUAGCUGAAGUCUACAUAAAGGGUCAGGUAGUCUAAGUCAAUUUAGACCAAGGGUGGCCAACCAGUUAGAGCCAAAGAGACAAAAAAUCCAGUUAGGUACAUCAAAGAGCCGUCAUCAAGCCAAAGGUACACGUGCAAAAAAGGGGUGUGGCCUUGUGCCUGCUAGACCAUGCCCCGGUAUAAAAUACAUUGAAAAGGCCACUUCCACAUAAAAUUAUUGAAAAAGCCAGAUUCACAUAAUAUAUUUCAGCUCCCCUAUGUGUCACUCCAGCCAGCACCCUGCUGCAUCACUCCAGCAAGCUCCCGCAUAUGUCACUCCUGCCAGUUCCCCGUGAGUCACUCCUGCCAUCACCCUGCUGCAUCACUCCAGCCAUCCCUCCCAUGUGUCACUCCUCGUACCACCCUUCUGUGUUACUCCAGCCAGCUCUCCCAUGUGUCACUACUUCCAGCACCCUACUGUGUCACUCCAGCCAGUUACUACGUGUGUCACUCUUGCCACCACUCUUUUAUGUCACCCCUGCCAGCUCCCUCGUGUAACUCCAGCCAGCUCCCCCUUGUAUCACACCAGCCCCUACAACUCGUGACAUUGAAGCAGCCUCUUAUGUGUCCUCAGUUUGCCUAUAUUAUCCGGCUCCCUCAAUUCUCAGUGACCGUAGUGCUGCUGUGUGUCUGGCUGGAGUGCAGCAGUUUCCAGAUAUAUUGUGGUCAUGUGAUUUUGAGUGUUGGGGAGCCACAUUUGAAUAAAGAAAGCCUCAUGGGGCUCAAGAGCCACUGGUUGGCCACCACUGAUUUAGACCGUGCUAUUGCAGUAGCAUUUUUGAACCAUCAGAGGGGAUACCAAGAUUACCCAGACCAUGGAGACAUAAAGGACCUUCCUUUGGGUGGAGAAGAAUGUGUCGACUCUCACAGCUUUGCAUUUUCCCAGUGUGAGCACUGGGAUGCUGACGAUUUCUGCAGACAACCUAAAAAUUUGGGGGAAUGGUCACUUCAUCCAGAUGUUUUCCAACAGAUAGUGGACAAAUAAGUUCAAACAGAUAUUGAUAUGAUAGUCCAGAAUGAACUUCAAAGAAAUACAUUACUGUGCCAAGACGAGAUCUGGAGUCAAAGUUUGUUGACAUACUGAUGGUCUUUUGGAUUUAUCCCCUCAUUUAUCAUGCUCCAGAAGGUCCUGGAAAAGGUAAAGAGCAUGGCAUACUUGUUGCUCUAGAAUAGAUUUACCAAUUGGUUACUGAAAUACAAAAUCAUUUUAGAUAAUGUGAAAAAGACCACAAUGAAUGCUAGGUGUCCUGCAUCACCCAAAUGUACUGUAAGUUCCCAUUUUAACCUUUAAGUUAGCACAACUUACAGGAGGUUCUUGUUACAGGGUAAAAGUGGGGGUCUGAAAGUUCAGAUUUUAGCCAUGUCAGUGUUUUUUUUUUGUUUGUUUGUUUUUUUGCAGAAAAAGUCUUUCCCCCUUUUCAAGGCCAGUUCUGAACCUCUGUUUAAAGCCAUUUUUUAAAGAUACCCCACCAAAGAAAAAGUUGGGAUGCCCUUGUUAUAGAUCAUGCUAUUUUUACUGGUGUUCUUGUGUAAUUAAAUUUAAAACAAAAUAAAAUAACGUUAGAGUUUCAGUUGAUAAGAA